GCGUUCAAAGCGUCUUCUCCACUAGCGUUUGCAAAUGAAAAUGGAGGAAAUGUCUUUGUCUGGCCUGGAUAACAGCAAGCUGGAGGCCAUCGCUCACGAGAUUUACUCGGACCUGGUCGAAGACGCCUGCCUGGGUCUCUGCUUCGAGGUGCAUCGGGCAGUCAAGUGUGGUUACUUCUUCCUGGACGACACGGACCCCGACAGCAUGAAGGAUUUCGAAAUCGUGGACCAGCCCGGCGUGGAUAUCUUCGGCCAGGUCUAUAACCAGUGGAAGAACAAGGAGUGCGUGUGUCCCAACUGCAGCCGUAGCAUCGCUGCCUCCCGCUUCGCCCCCCACCUGGAGAAGUGCCUGGGGAUGGGCCGGAACAGCAGCCGGAUAGCCAACAGGAGGAUCGCUAGCAGCAACAACAUGAACAAAUCCGAGAGCGACCAAGAGGACAACGAUGACAUCAACGAUAACGACUGGUCCUACGGCUCCGAGAAGAAAGCAAAGAAGAGGAAAUCCGACAAGAACCCCAACUCGCCCCGGAGAUCGAAAUCCUUAAAACACAAAAAUGGGGAGCUCAGCGGGAACUCGGAUCCCUUUAAGUACAGCAACUCCUCUGGAAUCAACUACGAAACGCUGGGUCCCGAGGAGCUGCGCUCGUUGCUCACCACGCAAUGUGGGGUGAUCUCCGAACACACCAAGAAGAUGUGCACCAGGUCUCUGCGCUGCCCCCAGCAUACAGACGAGCAGCGGAGGUCAGUCAGGGUCUACCUCCUUGGACCCUCUGCGUCGCUCCCGGAGGCAGAGGGCAGCGUGGAAAAUGAGGGCUUUGACGUGUCGGAGAGCCAGGCCAUCAUGAGCCGGCUGCAGUGGGACGGCUCCUCGGACAUCUCGCCCUCCGACUCGGCCUCCUCGAAAGCGAGUACGAACAACUCGGAGUCGCGUAAAACCAAAAAGAAGAAGCCGCACCUGAGCCUGGUGGGGGGCACGCCGGGGCUCAGCUCCAGCAAGAAGAAGAAACCCAAACCGCCCGCGCCCCCCACCCCCAGCAUCUACGACGACAUCAACUGA